AUGGCAUCGUCAGUGGUAGAAGAAGCGAGAGUGCCAAGAAUCAAGCUGGGCUCACAAGGUUUUGAAGUUUCAGCUCAAGGGCUGGGCUGCAUGGGCAUGGCAGGCUUCUACGGGCCGCCUAAGCCCGAGCCCGACAUGAUCAAACUUAUUCACUAUGCUAUUAGCAGAGGCAUCACCCAUCUUGACACCUCGGAUGUCUAUGGACCCCACACCAAUGAAAUCCUGAUAGGCAAGGCAUUGAUGGAAGGAAUGAGGGAGAAAGUGGAGCUAGCAACAAAAUUUGCAGUGACUUAUGAGGAUGGGAAUUUCAAUAUAUGUGGUGAUCCAGCCUAUGUGAGAGCAGCGUGUGAGGCCAGCUUGAAGCGGCUUGGUGUGGACUGCAUUGAUCUCUAUUAUCAGCAUCGCAUUGAUACAUAUGUGCCCAUUGAAAUCACGAUAGGAGAACUUAAGAAACUGGUUGAAGAGGGUAGAAUUAAGUAUAUAGGUCUAUCCGAGGCCUCAGCUUCAACAAUUAGAAGAGCACAUUCUGUUCAUCCAAUAACAGCUGUACAGUUGGAGUGGUCAUUGUGGACCAGAGAUGUCGAGGAAGAGAUUAUUCCCACUUGCAGAGAGCUUGGCAUAGGGAUUGUUGCAUACAGUCCACUUGGAAGAGGUUUCUUCUCAUCAGGUCCAAAGCUGAUCGAGAAUUUGGCUGAAGGUGACCUCCGAAAGUAUAUGCCAAGGUUUCAAGCAGAGAAUUUGGAGCACAACAAGAACUUGUACCAGCAGGUCAAUGCCAUUGCUUCAAGGAAGGGUUGUACUCCAUCACAGCUAGCUUUGGCCUGGGUCCAUCACCAAGGCAAAGAUGUUUGCCCCAUACCCGGCACUACCAAGAUUGAGAACCUCAAUCAGAAUAUUGGAGCUUUGUCUGUAAAACUGUCGGCAGAGGAAAUGGCGGAACUUGAAUCUAUUGCUUCGGCUGGAGUCAAGGGUGAGAGAUACGGGCCUGAAAUUAGCACUUGGCAAAAUUCUGAAACUCCACCUUUGUCAACCUGGAAGUGCACAUGA